AUGGCGGCGUCAAAAAAGAAAGAGGGGAAAGACGGCGCCUCGCCCUCAGGGCCCCCCUUCUACCCGCCCCUCUACCUGCAAAGGGCUCAAAAAAUUCUCCAGGUACUACAGGAGCACGAAUGUCGUUCCUUUAUUGAUGCUGGCUGCUCCUCUGGGGAGCUACUGCGCUUCCUCUUAUUCUCACAGCUUCGCGAGAGAUCAUUCUCUCACGUUGUGGCCAUUGACGUGGAUGAGGUGUCACUGCUGAAGGCCGGUCGGACGGCGCCGCCACCGGUGGUUUUGUCUUCCGCCGCACUCCUGCGCCCAAUGCACAUUGAUUUCGUUCAGGGUGACCUCACGCGGUCACCGCGCUUCUCGAAGAGAGACGACCACGUUUACAAAGAAGAAGAGGUGGGAGAAGACGGCUAUAUAAAUGACACAUCACUGCUUCUGACAUCACCGCACUUUGACGCCGUCAUUUCCAUUGAGGUUUUAGAACACAUAAACGCGCGCGAAGUACCAGCAUAUACUGACGUUAUAUUUGGUCACCUUGCGGCAGCGUCUGGCGCGCGUAUUGUUGUGAUUACAACACCCAAUCGUGACCGCAACGUGUAUGGUGCCUUUGAGAAGAAGAAUGGUGACGUCUGUCUAGACGGGCUUCCUCAUUCUCAUAUUUCUUCUGAAAUUCCAUACGCUGUUCGUCACGCGGAUCACAAGUUUGAGAUGACGGCUGCACAGUUUGGUCGCUAUUGCGACUACGUAGUGGAGGCAUACCGCCCCUUAUGGGCUUCAUACACACUGUUUGGUGUCGGGGAUAACUUUACGCAAGGGGCUGUGUUCCACGCAAGUUCGUCCUUUGUUCGUCGUCCCGCUGUGAGAGUAGUGAAGCCGUCCAGCCUCACGUUUGAGGCGGUGAAAAGUGUCCUUUUGCGGAAGCAGGGUGGGGUAACACGUCCGUUGAGCGGGCAUGCUCCCUCGCCGCCUAGUGCCGCCAAGAGUGGUCUUCGCUGGGUGCACGACAGUGCGAGUCGAGCCCGGCUCUUCCCUUGGGAGGAUCUCUUUGGGGAGUUGUCGACUCAGCCAAGCGAUGUGAUGCUUUCACUCGAAAGGGCAGCAUGCAACUACCGCUGUCUCGUCUCUGUGAAGGUGCCAUAUCGGUCUCUCUGGAAGAGGAUACGUGAUGUGGUUUGCGAGGCCUUCUCUUGUGCUAUGCGUGAAAUGGAGUAUAACUCGAGACAUGAUAAUUUUUUGAGAUUUGGUGAUGUUGCAACGGUACAUGAGUACCUCUUAAGUGCUCCUUUUAACGCGAGUCUGUGUGCGCUGAUGGUUUCCUUGCUUGAUCGACUCCGGUUGUGUAGAGAGAGACUGAAAAGGGGGUGUUUUGAGCCACAAGCUACGAAAAACAUUUCGCUGCGUAUAGCUGAGGAUGUGUCGUUUGUUCUACGUUGGCUUUUACAUGAAUGUUGGGGUUGUGAUACAGUGACACAGUGUCUCAAAGAUGAUACGUACGGUUCUGCAGCGAAAAAGCUCUCUCAGACCGAAAAACGUUUGGUGCUGUUCCUGGUGUCCGUGGGAGUUGUGCCGGGCGCUGCGCUGCAUCUCUCGGAGGUGCUGAAGCGCGUCCGAUGGUCAAAUGGGGGCACACGGCGGCGAGGAGCGACAACAAUGCGGAGUAGACGUGGUGGUGGUCCCCCAUCGCAGGUGGAGGGCAUUGCCUCGUCGCCAGAGAGGCGCGCUCAGUUACGACACUUAGUCGACGCUCUCUCUGACUGCUGGGUCCCUCGGCGAAAAUUUAUGGGCACAAGCAAAUCAUAG